AUGGUGGAGCGGCUGAUCAGGGCGCUGUACUCGCCGAGUAACGUCUUCUGCAUUCACUACGACCAAAAGUCCCCCGCUGUGUUUAGGUCGUCGAUGGAAGGCAUAGCUCGCUGCUUGCCCAAUGUCUUCAUUGCCUCCAAGCGCGAGUACGUCAUUUUCGCCGGCUUCACUCGCCUGAAAGCAGACAUCAACUGCCUGUCCGACCUCCUGGAGGUGGACGUCCCCUGGAAGUACGUCAUCAACCUCUGUGGGCAGGACUUCCCCCUGAAGACCAACAUGGAGCUGGUGUCGGAGUUGGCCGGCCUGAACGGCGCCAACAUGCUGGACACGUUCCGACCCAACAAGCGCAAGAAGCAGAGGUUCUCCUUGCACUUCGAGCAGAAGGACUGGAUAUGUUUACUGGCAGCGCCUACUUCGUGCUCUCACGUGAUCAGAAGGAAGGACACGAAGGACCCGGAUGAGACGCUGCGCAACCUCACGGCCGACUACUCGCACUUCCUUCAGGUCAGAGGCUACGAAGACGUGUGCGCCACCGAGAAGGAGAGACACUUCCACCUGGCGUAUUCGCUGGUGGUGCACAAGUAUGCCUGGAUGGUGGAGCGGCUGAUCAGGGCGCUGUACUCGCCGAGUAACGUCUUCUGCAUUCACUACGACCAAAAGUCCCCCGCUGUGUUUAGGUCGGCGAUGGAAGGCAUAGCUCGCUGCUUGCCCAAUGUCUUCAUCGCCUCCAAGCGCGAGUACGUCAUUUACGCCGGCUUCACUCACCUGAAAGCAGACAUCAACUGCCUGUCCGACCUCCUGGAGGUGGACGUCCCCUGGAAGUACGUCAUCAACCUCUGUGGGCAGGACUCCCCCCUGAAGACCAACAUGGAGCUGGUGUCGGAGUUGGCCGGCCUGAACGGCGCCAACAUGCUGGACACGUUCCGACCCAGCAAGUCCAAGAAGCAGAGGUUCUCCUUGCACUACGAGCAGAAGGACUGGAUGUCGCCAAAGAGAACGAACCUGACCAAGAGCGCCCCGCCUCACGGCAUCGAGAUGUUUACUGGCAGCGCCUACUUCGUGCUCUCACGUGGCUUUGUUUUCUACAUGAACGCCUCCGUCAUGGUCAAAGACUUUCUGGCCUGGUCAGAGGACACGUACUCGCCCGAUGAACACUUCUGGGCAACGCUGGUGAGAAUACCAGGCGUACCAGGUGGGGUGCCUAGGAGCAACCCGGACAUCACCGGCCUGUUGAGCAAGACCCGUAUGGUCAAGUGGAAGUACCAGGAGGAGAACCUCUACCCAGCCUGCACGGGGAAACACGCUCGCAGCAUUUGCAUCCCCCCCGCCCACCUGGUCUACCUGUUCUGUUUUUAUUGUAAAGGACACACCCAUCCAGGUUGA